AUGGUAGAUCAAGACCCUGAGGUACUUCGGAGUUUGCAUGAGGAGACAGCUGAUGAUAAUUCAAAGAUGGAAAACACAAAUGAUGAUGAACAUAGGCAUGUGGCUAGAGAAGAAGAAGAGGAGACGGUAAGAAGUAAAUCACGUCCCCGUCUCCGUCGUCAUCGUUACAAAUUUCCGCCUCCAGGAAUUGGCAUAUGGUUAGACCUUAAGGACAGAAUACCGCUAUAUGGAUCAGAUUGGAGGGAUUCUUGGGACUACAGAGUCAUACCUGCGGUGCUGGACACCUAUUUCAGUAAUCUCUUACCUGCCCUGGCGUUCGCACAAGAUAUGUUUGAUCGAACUGAUCAUGCCUAUGGCGUUAAUGAAGUGUUGCUAUCGAGUGCAAUGGCAGGCAUUGUCUUUGGUGUAUUAGGCGGACAACCACUUUGUAUAGUUGGUGUCACUGGUCCUAUUUCCAUUUUAAACUAUACGAUCUACGAUAUUGUUAAGGAUUGGAGCUCAAAUUACUUUGGAUUCAUGUUUUGGGUUUGUAUAUGGUCUAUGAUACUGCAUUUCGUUCUAGUGUUUAGCAAUGCGGUUGCGCUAUUGCAAUAUGUCACUACGUUUCCCUGUGAUAUUUUUGGACUCUUCAUCAACAUAGUUUACAUUCAAAAAGGUAUUCAAGUUUUAACAAAACAAUUCGAUAGUAAGGAACACGGUAAAGAUGUAGAAGGUGGUUUUGCCAGUGUUGUAGUGGCCAUUGUCAUGGCAAUAUUUGGUAUUAUGUUCAAGAAUUUCUCUAUAACGCCUCUUCUCAACCAUCCCCUAAGAACUUUCAUCUCAGAUUAUGCAACACCGUUGUCAGUCUUAUUUUGGUCAGCUUUUACGCAUUUUGGUGGUUACUUGAACGAUGUGAAUUUCCAAAAAUUACCCAUUACUAAAUCUUUCCAUCCCACUUCAGCCACAAGAAGAGACAAAUCUACGUGGUUGGCGUACGAAUCAAUUGCUACAAAGGAUGUAUUUAUUGCCCUACCUUUUGGCAUUAUCCUUACCGUUUUAUUUUAUUUCGAUCACAAUGUUUCCUCCUUAAUGGCUCAGAGACAUGAGUAUAAGUUGAAGAAACCUGCAACUUUCCACUAUGACUUUCUACUGUUAGGGAUUACUACAGGUGUUGCAGGUGUCCUUGGUAUACCUGCGCCCAAUGGAUUAAUUCCACAGGCACCAUUACACACAGAAGCCCUAUUAGUACACGAUAUAGACGGCAAUAUUGUGCGUUGUGUCGAACAAAGGUUCACCAAUACUGUUCAGGGUUUAAUGAUGAUAGGAACCAUGACCAGACCACUACUGAUAUGUUUAGGACAGAUACCGCAGGCAGUUCUUUCCGGACUUUUUUUCAUUAUGGGUGUGAAUGGAUUAACGGGUAACGUAAUUUUAAGAAGAGUGCUGUGGCUAUUCACAGAGCAGAGACUCAAGGACACUACCUCUUUACUACAGAAGGUGAAAAACAGAUGGUUGAUAUUUUUCCUUUGUUUCAGUCUUGCAGGGUUUGCAGGCGAGUUCGCCAUAACGAACACUAUUGCAGCUAUUCUUUUCCCCAUUGUUCUUUUACUCACGGUUAUUAUCCGUUUUACGUUCCCAUUCCUUUUCCCCAAUGAUCAACUGUCAUUGCUAGACCAAAGCGUAGCUCAAGAGUUUACUUUGAAGAAUCUGCUCUGGGAUACCCUGUGUGUUGCAGAAGACGUGGAUUCUAGCAGCGAAAGUGAUUCUACCACUAGCCAUAGAAGCCCAGAAGAGACGGUCUGA